AUGUUGCCAAGGCUAACUGACAAUCAUGUUGUAAGACAUAAAAUAAGUAAAAUGAAAGUCAAAUGUGCCACUCAAGUGUUUAGUCAAAGGGUUUCAGCAGUCAUGAAUUUUCUUGCUUCAAAAAAUAUCAUCGAAUCCAAUGCUUUCGACACAGCAAAAUUAUUUUUGUUUUUCGACCAGUUGUUUAAUUCUUUGAAUGGGAGUUUAUCAUAA